ACUAUCGCUGCGCUGUCGCCAUUCGGCAUUCGCCCACAGUCGUUCUCGAACUUCCAUCCGUUGCGUUUUUUUUUGCCACUGGCGACGCGCUCGGUCCGCAUCGCAUCGUGACUAUUGUUUAUCCGCUAUUAAAUUAUUAUUUAUAUAUUUUUGCACGUAGACAUUCACGAAACUAGCGCGCGUUUGUCGACGGAGAAUCUAUAUUAUUGACAUUAUUUAUUAUUAUUAUUAUUAUUAUUAUUAUUAUUAUUAUUAAUCGGCGUCACUGCCGCGCAAUAGUAGUAAUAUUAUUUUAUUAUAAUACCGAUUGCGACCCGUCGCCUACCGAUCGUCUUGUGACGUCGUCGCUAUUGCUGUCCCGACGGUUUUCUUUCGUUCGUCCGUAUUUAGUGCGACAAAGAAACGGAAGAAAAAAACAUUGUCCGUUCGUCGGUGCAGUGCUGUGCAAUAAUAUCGUAUUAUUAUUGUUGACCUAACAGUGAGUUUGUUGUGCUUCGUUGUCCGGUUCAAUUCCAUUUUGUCAGCGAACUAGCAGCACACCAGCCCGCAAAACAACAUACGCCAGACCGCGGCUCGUGCUGCUGUGCGUGCGUGGCUGACGCAAUCCUGAACGCGGUGAAGAGAUUUUGCCGUCGACGUCAUUACCAGAAACGAAGACUGCGACGUAACGCCGCCGUUCACCGCCGAUAGGUUAACAUUGCUCAUUAAAUAUUCAAUGCAAAUCAUAAAUAUGUACAAACCAAUUCGUCCAAGGAGAAACAGCUUACCAAGCAAUGUACAUAGAAGUAAAACAAAAAAUUUACCCAAAGCAGAGUUCAAUUCAGCUAAAAAUUCUAAAGUGAUUCAUGAAUCAAAAAAACCCAAAUCAAAAACGCCUAAUUGCGUUAAACAGCUAAAUUAUAAUGAAUCACAUACAAGGAAUGUUAGAAAAUUUAUGGAUUAUAGUUUGUCAGAUGGCGAUGAAAUUAUUGAUGAUAAAACAAAUUUUCAUAAAGUAGCUAAAAACAACAAAAUAAUAAAAGAUAAAAGACCUCAUUUGUUAUGCUCUCAACCAAUAGACACUCCGACUAGAUAUCUACCAGAAGUGCCAUUAAGUCAUACUCCCCCAUCAUACGAAUCCCCACAAAAAUAUGGUCCAUAUAAGAAGUUUAAAGAAGAUGAUAUAGAGCAAUUGGUUAUUGAAAAAUAUGCCCUGCUCAAACAACUUAUGAACAUUGAUGAACGAUGUGGCUCACCUAAUGGUGAUAACUUUUAUGCUGGUGCCAAAUUCAAUAAUUGCCCGUCUCCUGGAGAUUUGCCAUUGCCACCAAUGCAAUGGCUUAACUCUUGUCAAGCACAAGCAAAAUCCAUGCGACAAAAAUCACCUCUUAUCUUCAAUAUAACUAUCUAAGAUAUUCUUCAAAAUUUAAAUUUUGACUAAUGUUUUAUUUUCAUUAUUAUUAUUUGAUUUUACAUUGUAACGCUUAUUGUGAUUUUUUUCACUAUAGUAUAUUCCCCUCCACCUUACUAUAUUGUCCCCUCAUCCCAUAUUCAUAAUGAAGUUGUCUUUUAAAUAUUUUCAACAUUCUAGUUAUAUUUUAUAUAUUAUCAUGUGUUAAUAACUUAUA